UUUAUUUAUUAUUUUAUUCUUUUGUGUCCAGAAUUAUCACAUACAAAAUGAGAUUUCUUUUCUUUACCAGUAACAUACUUCUAAAGUUUUGCCACCUCUUUUCCCUACUCAUCUCUGUUCUUCUCUUGAUCUCCCAUGGAGGUCAAGCUACUAAUACAACCAUAGUUACAAAUAUUGGUGGAAUCAUUGAUGUCAAAUCCCGAAUCGGGAAAGAACAGAAAAUAGCCAUUGAACUUGCCGCUGAAAGCUUCAACCGCUAUUCAAAGUCUAACAAGCUGUUCCUCCAUUUCCAGGACUCCGGCCAGUUAGACCCCCUUCAAGUUGCUUCUGCCGCUGAAGAGCUCAUUAAGGAAAAGAACGUGGAUGUAAUUAUUGGCAUGAACAAAUGGGAGGAAGCCGCACUCGUAGCUUCUGUUGGAAACAAGGAAAAAGUUCCGAUUAUUUCAUUCGCAGCUCGUGUCAUAACCCCACCGCAGAUGGAACGCCGUUGGCCUUUCUUAAUACAAAUGGCUAACAACGGUUCUUCACAAAUCAAAUGCGUUGCAGAUAUUGUUGGGGUGUACCAAUGGAAAAGGGUUGUGGUGAUAUAUGAAGAUGGUGCGUAUGCCCGUGACUCGGGGAUGUCAGCUCUUCUUCUAUCCAAGGCUCUUCAGGAUGUUGAUUCAGAGAUUGAUUAUCGUUUAGUUCUUCCACCAGCUUCUUCUCUGUCUUCUCCAAAAGGGUUUGUUCUGGACGAGCUGCUGAAGCUACAGACCGCAACAAAAUCUCGGGUUUUUAUUGUUCUUCAGUCAUCGUUGUCGAUGGCGACUCAUUUGUUCAGAGAAGCUAAAAUUCUCGGGUUUAUGGGGAGCGAGUCAGCUUGGAUUAUCACGGACAGUGUAACAAGUUCCCUGAACUCGGUUGACGAGUCUACUAUUUCCUCUAUGGAAGGUGCUUUAGGGAUCAAGACCUACUAUUCUACCAGUACUGAUUCUUACAAAGAUUUCUAUGCCCUGUUCUCAAAAAAAUUCCAAUCCGAGUAUCCAGAGGAAGCUAAUCCUAAGCCGGGAAUUCAUGCUCUACGAGCAUAUGAUAGCAUUAGGAUCAUUUCACAGGCCAGUAACAACAUCAGUAAUUUCAGUAGCGCAGAGAUGUUGUUAAGGAAUAUAGCAUCAAGCAGUUUCUCUGGUUUAAGUGGCGAAAUACGUUUCGAAGGAGGAAAGCUGUUGCAAACUCCCCCCAAAUUGAGGAUUGUAAAUGUACGAAAUAAGAGGUAUGAAGAAUUAGACUUUUGGACGCCAUAUGACAGGUUCUCAAAAGGCCUUGUGACAGAAAAAGGUAGACACCGUUUGGCUGCCCCAGUAAUUUGGCCCGCCGGGAUGGCCUUAAGCAGACCAAAAGGCUGGGCAAUGCCUACGGUCAAGAAUCCAUUGAUAAUUGGAGUUCCCGGGAGAACUUCAUUCCAGAAGUUUGUUAACGUAAGUGACAGCAACAAAGAUGAUAUCAAAUAUGGUGGCUGGUGCAUAGAAGUUUUCAAGAUGGUGCGAUCUGAUUUGAAUUAUGAUUUGCCUUACAAAUUUGUGGCCUUUAACAGCACCUAUGACGAAUUGGUUUACGGAGUUUUCGACAAGACUUAUGAUGCUGUCGUUGGUGACGUGACCAUAUUAGCUGACAGAUUGGAAUACGUGGACUUUACUCAGCCCUACACCGAGUCAGGGUUGUCCAUGAUAGUUCCUACAAAACCUGAAGAGUCAAAAGCAUGGAUCUUUUUGAAGCCUUUCACGUGGGAAAUGUGGGUGGUGACUGGUGCCAUCAUGCUUUACACAAUGCUUAUAAUUUGGUUCUUGGAGCAUCAAUGCAAUCCAGAAUUUAGUGGCCCAUGGAAGAAUCAGAUUGGCACCACGUUUUGGUUCACAUUCUCCUCUCUGUUCUUCGCUCACAGAGAGAAAAUUAAUAGCAACUUGACUCGAGUGGUGGUGGUAGUAUGGCUCUUUGUUGUGUGGAUCUUAACCUCGAGCUACACUGCUAGUCUGUCUUCUAUGUUCACCGUGCAAAGACUACAAGCAGUUAAUACAGAUAUUGAGUGGCUAAAGAACAGCGACUCAAAAGUUGGUUGUGAUAAUGAUUCAUUUGUCAAGAGUUACCUGGAGGAUGUGAUUGGAUUCCAUUCAAAGAACAUCCACACAGUUUUCGACGAAUCUGAGUACACAGAUCUAUUUGAGAAGAAGAACAUAACUGCUGCCUUUCUUGAACUUCCAUAUAAGAAAGUUUUUAUCAACAAGCAUUGCAAGGGAUACAUUGCCACCACACCUACUACCUAUAAAUUUGGAGGAUUUGGAUUUGCAUUCCAGAAGGGCUCCCCAAUAGCCAAGGAUUUUUCAAAAUCAAUUUUAGGGCUAUUAGAAAAAGGCAAUCUCACACGACUUGAAGAUGAAUGCUUGACUCCUUCAAAUGAGUGUUCGGUGAAUGUAGCAUCCAAUAGUACAGAACAUUUGAGCCUCCAGAGCUUUUGGGGUCUCUACCUUAUAUCUUGUGCAAUUUCUACCAUUUGUUUUCUACUAUCAUUAAUCCGCUUACUAAAGAAUUAUCAACAUCAACAAGAGGCAGACGAAGGCAAUGCAACUCCAAGCAAAACAAGUGCUUGGAACAAGGCGCUUAGACUUGCAAGAUUCUUAUACAAUGGAGAGAUCAAUAUUCCAGGGAUAGCUCGUACUUCGGCUCCCACCAUGGUUCGAGAUGAAUGGAGUUCUUCAAGGUCGUGGGUGUACGUGAGCACCACCGAUACUCCGGACAAUAUUCAUGCCUAUGCAUCUGCUGAAAUUGAAUUUGCAUAAAACUUGUUACAUAUAUAUUGAAUACACCAAGUACGAAAGGUUCUUGUCAUAUAUAUAUAUAAUACAUUUGUUAUAAUAAAUACAUUUCCAUUGUUUUUCUA